UUGCACUCUUGUGACAGUUUCUUGUGCAUUUCACUCUUUAAUGUGAAAACAUCUUUUUCAUUGGCAAAGAAAUCUCUUCCUGCACCUUUUACAGAAGCGGUUUGGCUGAUUGGUUGAAAACAACCUGUGCUCGCGCCUGUGAUCGUGUACUUCCGGGUGUCGCGCCAGCGGAGCAGCUGCCAUUGAAUGAACGGGCGCGUUCCCGUGAGCGGAGGAGCGGCGGCGUGACGUUGUAACAGUUUGCAGGUGUAAAAAAGGAACAUUUCGAGUUACGCUUCUGUAAAGAUGGAGUUUAUUAAAGAGGAGAGUGAAGACGUGAGUGAUGCAGAAACGCAAAGAGAGAAAGAAGAAGAAACUGAGGAACAGAGAGAUCUGCUGGAAGUGAAGGUGGAAAGUGAAGAAGUGAAUGAAGAUCAUCAGAAGAUCAUAUUCGGAGAACGAUCACAGACUGAAGAUGACUUCUCCCAGAAGAGAGCAGGAGCCAAGAAAUCUCCGUUCAGCUGCUCUCAGUGUGGAAAGUGUUUCACGCUCAAAGUAAACCUCAACAGCCACAUCAGAAUCCACAGUGGAGAGAGAAACUUCAGCUGUCUGCAGUGCGGCAGCAGCUUCUUCAAGAACGCAGAUCUGAAGAGACACUUACAGACUCACAGCGGAGAGAAGCCCUACAGCUGCCCGCACUGCUCCAAGAGCUUCACACGCAAGGAGAGCCUGGAGAACCACAUCCGGAUCCACACCGGAGAGAAGCCCUUCACCUGCCUCCUGUGUGACAAGAGCUUCAUCCGCAAGGGUCACUUUAAGAACCACAUGCGGAUUCACUCUGGAGAGAGACCGUUCACGUGUCACGAGUGCGGGAAGAGCUUCACACAGGCUACGAUCCUCAGAAACCACCAGCACUCACACUCUGGAGAACGACCCUUCGGCUGCGAUCUGUGCGGAAAGAGCUUCAUCUCAGCAAAACACCUAAAAAUACACCAGAAAAUCCAUCAGAAGCUCUUCCUGUGCUCCUUCUGUGGAAAGAUGUUUUCACAGCUGGGUUACCUGAAGGAGCACCAGAAGAUCCACACCGGAGAGAAAGCUCACGUGUGCUCGGUGUGCGGAAACAGCUUCUCCAGAGCCAAAUAUCUGAAGGAACAUCAGAAAGUCCAUACAGGAGAAAAACCCUACAAGUGCUCGCACUGCGACAAGAGUUUCAGUCAGUCAGGGAACCUGAAGAUACACGAGAGAGUUCACACCGGAGAGAAACCGUACCACUGUCCCCCGUGUGGACGGAGCUUCAUCACCUCCAGCGCUCUGCUGUCGCACAGGCGAAACUGUCUCCCGAAGUUAUCAAGUGAGCAGGAAUCAACAGAGAAACUCAAAUGUUUUCUUGCAAAGUCAUUUUCUUGAACAGCUCUUUCUAGAUUACGUUAACUGUGUGUAGUAGCAUUCAUCAGACGUAUGAUGUGUAUUAUUUCUCCAUGCACAUUGUUAACAAAUUAACUGUAUCAGUCACAGUUUGUGUGAGGUGGUGAAUUGAAAAGAACAGUGAGAACGUGAAGAGAUCAGAAGAGUGCUGGAAACCUAUCAACCACAGCAUUGAUAAAAAUGAAAUAAGGACCUUUGCAAUACACAAACUGUGUACUUUGCAUUAUUUGGCCACAUGUUCAUUCAUUGCUGAAUAAAGUAUAUUAAUACUAUUUAUUUAAAACUUUAACUAAGACCACUGUAUUGUGCUUGGAUUGCACAUUAUGAAAUGUCAAUAAAU